AUGCCUUCUCCUGCAGAUGCACCAAGCAUUCUCGAUCUAAUAAAAGAAAAAAUUCGGCUCAAUGGUCCCAUAUCAGUUGCUGAGUACAUGCAUAUCGUCAUAACCAAUCCUACCGAAGGAUAUUACACGAAAAAAGAUGUUAUAGGACAGCACGGAGAUUUUGUUACUUCGCCAGAAAUUAGUCAAAUGUUUGGUGAAAUAAUGGCAAUAUGGUUCUUUUCAGAAACUCAAAAAAUGGGUCCUGGAAAGCCAUUGCAAAUUGUUGAAUUAGGACCAGGAAAUGGUACAUUAAUGAUUGAUAUUCUAAGGGUUUUGAAUAAAUUAAAGUACAAGCCUGAUGAAUUAAGUAUACAUCUAGUUGAAAUAUCGGCUACAAUGCAGUUAAUGCAAGCUAAUAAAUUAUGCGCGACUCACAGAGAAACUGAUAUUGAAUUGCCACACAAUAGAGAGGGUGAAACUGUCAGUGGAAUAAAAGUUUAUUGGUACAACGAUCUUAAGAAGGUUCCUAAGAAUUUCUCAUGGUUUAUAGCACAUGAGUUUUUUGAUGUCUUACCAAUUCAUAAAUUUGAAAAGAAGGAAAAAGGCUGGCGAGAAAUUUUAAUUGAUUUAGAUGAGAGCCAAAAACUAUUUUAUAGGAUUUCUGCUGAAGAAACACCAAGUGUCAAAAUGUUAGUGAGGCCACCACUAGAUGCUGGAGACAGAAUGGAACUUGAGAUUAGCCCUAGAGCCCUAGGUAUUGCUCGUCAGUUAGCACAGAGAGUUGAUGAACAUGGAGGACUUGCUUUAAUUGCUGACUAUGGUCAUGAAGGAGAAAAAGGAGACACAUUCAGGGCCUUCCACAAACACAAAGUAGUUGAUCCAUUAGAGAAUCCAGGCGAAUCAGAUCUUACAGCUGAUGUAGAUUUUAGCCAGUUACGUGUUGCUGCAUCUAUGGCACCAGGUCAAGAUAACUAUGCAAUUGUUGUAGGGCCAGUUAAGCAAAAGGAAUUUUUAGAGAGAAUGCAAGCACAAAUACGGCUAGAGGUCCUACUACAGAAUAUUAAAAUAGAAGAAGACAAAGAAAAGCUAAAAGCUGCAUAUGAUAUGUUAGUUGACCCCCAGAAAAUGGGCGAAAGGUUUAAAUUCAUGGCCUAUUAUCCUUCAGCAAUGGACCACGUAACGUCGGUGACGAAGAAUUGGUGGACAAAGAAGUUGUUGGAUGAAUUGACGAUUUUAAUUCGGAGAUUGGUGACAGGCGGGUGA